GGGGGACAGAAGCAUACACAAACCUUUAUUCUUGUUUAAAUUACAGUCGGGUGAUUGGCUGAAUGGGUGACCUCGCAGAAACACAGAUCACCUCCAGCUUGCAGCCGCUGUACGCGCACGGUUUUUUCCUCCACUAACCGGGAGUUGUGAUGUCCAGAGCUUUCCCCGCUGACUGACACUCGGCGUCGUACCAUUUUGGAACCGAACUGAAGGCUUUGAGGACGGGGGAGGAAGAUGAGACCUCCCAGCCCUCUCCUGAUCCUGCUGUACUUCACCCUGUCCAAGAGUGUGAAAGUGGUCUCAAAGAGAGGCUCAGUAGACGGCUGCACAGAUUGGUCAGUGGAUUACAAGAAGUACCAGGUGCUGCAGGGUGAGGCAGUCCGUCUGAAGUGCGCUCUGUUCUAUGGUUACAUCCGGAGCAACUACAGCCAGGCCCAGAGCGGAGGCCUUAGCCUCAUGUGGUACCGCAGCUCUGGCCUCGGCCACACCGACUUUGAAGAACCGAUCUCUUUCGAUGGAGUGCGCAUGAGCAAGGAGGAGGAUGCAAUUUGGUUCAGACCUGCUGACCUUCAAGAUGUGGGACUCUACUCAUGUGUUUUACGGAACUCUACGUACUGCAUGAAGGUCUCCAUGGCUCUGGCAGUGGCUGAAAAUGAUACAGACCUCUGCUACAACUCCAACAUGAGAAUAACUGAGAAGGCUGAGCUCGGUAAGAGGUUCCACAUCCUAUGUCCAGAAAUAGAUGACUACGUUGAACCUGGGAAGGAGCCUGAAAUCACGUGGUAUAAGGAGUGUCGUCCAAAAAAGUGGCGGGCCACUAUCUUCCAGAGGGGAGACAAGUUGUUCUUUCAAGAAGUUAAGGAGGACGACAUUGGGAAUUACACCUGUGAAAUCCAGUUUGGCGGCUUUGUUGUCAGAAGGACGACGGAGCUCACAGUAACUGCUCCAAUAACCGUCGACCCACCGAAGAUCCUGUUUCCGGCAGAAAAUAAGACGACCAACAUGGAGACACAACUCGGAAGCGCUUUGAACCUCACAUGCAGAGCAUUUUUUGGCUACAGCAGAGACGCCAGCCCGCUCAUCUACUGGAUGAAGGGCGAGAAGUUCAUAGAGGACCUGGAUGAAGAGAGGGUCCAGGAAAGUGACAUCAAGCUUGUCAGGGAACAUCUCGGAGAGCAGGAAGUGGCCAUUUCCUUGACUAUUGAGUCUUUGGAGGAGGAGGAUUUAGGAAACUAUUCCUGUCAUGUGGAAAAUAGUCACGGGCAUAUCAACGCCACCGUUCAGAUCUUCAGGCGGGCAGAGCUCAUGUACACAGUGGAGCUGGCAGGAGGGCUGGGAGCGAUUCUGCUGCUUCUCAUCUUCCUCAUCUCCCUGCACAAAUGCUACAAGAUUGAGCUGAUGCUUUUCUAUAGGAGGCACUUCGGCAGCGAGGAUGUAGAUGGAGAGAACAAAGACUAUGAUGCAUAUCUUUCAUACACCAAAGUGGACCCUGACCAGUGGAGUCAGGAAACCAGGGAGGAGGAGCGCUUCGCCUUGGAAAUACUACCCGAUGUGCUGGAAAAACAUUACGGCUACAAACUCUUCAUCCCUGAUCGAGACCUCAUUCCAACAGGCAGUCUCACCAAUGAGCAUUACCAGGAUGACACACGACUUUUUGGAGCGUACAUAGAGGAUGUUGCGCGUUGCGUAGACCAGAGCAAGCGCCUCAUUAUAGUUAUGACACCCAACUACGUGGUGCGGCGAGGUUGGAGCAUCUUCGAGCUAGAGACCCGACUGCGCAACAUGCUGGUGAGCGGCGAGAUCAAAGUCAUCCUGAUCGAGUGCGCCGAGCUGCGCGGCAUCAUGAACUACCAGGAGGUGGAGGCCCUCAAACACACCAUCAAAACCCUCACCGUCAUCAAGUGGCGGGGCCCCAAAAGCAACAAGCUCAACUCAAAGUUCUGGAAGCAGCUGCAGUACGAGAUGCCCUUCAGGCGCACAGAGCCCAUGCUCACGCACGAGCCGGCGCUGGACGUCAGCGAGCAGGGUCCCUUCGGGGAGCUGCAGACCGUCUCGGCCAUCUCCAUGGCGGCGGCCACUUCCACGGCCAUGGCCACCGCCCAUCCAGAGCUGCGCUCCUCGUUCCACAACACCUACCACACCACCAUGAGGCAGAAACACUACUACCGCAGCUACGAGUAUGACAUACCCCCGGGGGGUACCCUACCGGCUCUCUCGACUCUGGGGAACCAGCACACCUACUGCAACAUCCCGUUAACACUGCUGAACGGGCAAAGGCCUCCAGGGAAGAGCCGAGAGCACAGCCUGGAAGAGGCUCACGCCAACAACGCCAUGCUCCCGCUGCUGCCAAGAGAAACCAGCAUCUCCAGUGUCAUCUGGUAGUGACGAGCGGUCUCGACAUCGGCUUCGGGAAGACCAAGGUCAGGGUCGGAGAUGACGAGAACCAACAGGAGAAAUUGGAUCUAGAAAUGGAUCUGUUCGGGUCCAUGCAUCACCACUGAUGGAAAACACAGGAGGUGGUGUGGGGACGGGUUCCCCCUGUCUUUGAAGAGGACCAGUCUCUUCUAAUGAGCGAUUUUAUUUUCUAUGUGGAACUGAAGAAAACAUUAAAAGAAGCAGACUUUUUUUUCUAAACGGAUAAAUAAAGUGCAGGAACUCCGCUUUAAGGAAGACAAACACAAUUCCAACAUCUUCACAUAAAGAAAUGUGCAUACAUACAAACAAAAGGAAAACAGGGUCUGUACAUAUAUUUGCAUUUUAUCGGUAGCAUCAGUGUUUUCCUGUUUUGUUCUUUAGUCUGUUUAAUUCAAUCAAGUCUGUUGCCUUCUCCACUGUAGGACUUUGCUUUAAAAAUGUGACACAAACUUGUAUAUUUUUUAUUCUUUUCAGUUUUUUUUUUAAUCCUGCUUUUAAUACGCUUGAUUGGAAAGCCACUAUGCCAUGUACUUGCGCUGUUGUGUUCUUUCUAUUUGUUUUAUCUUGUUUGUUUGUUUGUUUUAAAUCAUUCUGUAGUUUAAGCUAACUUUUUUUUAUGAAACAAAAGAAAAACUUUUUGGAAGACCUGGACAUCUUCAGGAGAUGUGAAGAGCUGAAACCUGUUUUUGUUUGCCUGUACAAGGUGUAUCUAUUUUAAAACAGAACUCCUUUGGAAAAAAAAAAAAAUUUGAAUAUGCAAAAAGACUGAGGAGCUGGCAUUAAAAACAUCCGGCCGCGUGGGGCACAGAUGACAGAAGUGGUCGGAGAGAAGCGCCGGUCUCCUCCAAUCAGACCGACAGACUGGCAGAUCUCUUUCUGACGCUUCGGUUUUUGUUUGUUUUUUUUGUCUUUUUUUUUUUUGUUGUUUUUUUCUAUCGAAACAAACAGCCUGGCUGUUUUAGACUGAUAGAGAUAUGCCUCACCUUAAAAAGAAAAUCUGUAGAUUAUUUAAAAAAAAUUCUAUUUUUAUAACAGAAAAGAGUUUGCUUGAGAGGUCAUACUUAUUUGCAUUUCAUCUUCCAUAUAGAAAGGGGAUCGAUGUCUGCACUCUGUUGGUUUUGUACUCUUGUGAAAGUGGUUUCUGAUUCGCUGAGAGACAAGGCCAGUUUUUGAACCCCACCUGACAGAUACACCCUCUACUACUCCAGGUUCUAAAGAAA